AUGUCUGAUAAAUGCAAUGGUGUUAAGACGGACAUAAUUUCUGUUCCACCAAAUAUUCCACCAUCACCCGUAAAAUCAGACACACCAACAAAUACACAAUACGAUACUAUAGUUACUCAAUUAGAAACUAUAGUACGUCGUAUGGAUGAUUUCGAUCGUCGUUUGAAACUUCUUGAAGGACCUUCCGUAACUAAUCAAACAAGAGAAUCAAUUAUUGAAGAUGUUGUUAAUGUUUUGAAUGAUGAUUUACAAUUUUAA